UUGAAAAGACUGUCAAUCAGACAGCCAGGCUCCACGACCACUGCUGCUUUCAAUGAACUUCUGUCGCUCACUCCCCAGGGAAAAAGGCGCAAAUUCUGUGUCACAGUUUUGAACCUACUCAGAGGUCACUCCUCCCCCCACGACCCCUCCACCCACUCUCCCCCAUCAGCCCCGGUUUCAAUCCUGUCAUUAUUGUGUUCCUGGAGGGGGAACCAUUCUGUGGAAAGCGAAGACAAGGACUGGAGUAGGGAUGGAGUGGAGUGGACAUGCCCUGUGAUGGGGCUUGGGGGAAGAUGAGUGUGUGUGUGACUGACAGCUUCCUUUGCAGAUUUAAUCUACGUGAGACCUCCCUUUGAAGGUACAGACUGCAAUCAGAGAGCAUCCUUUGUCGGAACAGGUCCAUUCGCAUCCUGAGUAAGGGAGCAGGAUAAGAGGGGCCAAGGAAGGGAAACUGUUGUAUUUUUGUUUUGGAAGGGAGAGGGUGGGGAGGGAUGUGAGACGGUCACUGUCCCAAAGAUCCCUGACCUGGAUUUUUUUAUGUAUAUAAAAUUCUGGUCAGAAAGCUCUUUGGAUGAUUGUGCAUGGUCAGAGGGAUGAGACUGCAUUUGGAGCGUGGCUCUGUGUAUUUAACCCGUGGAUUCUUAAUAUUGUCAUUCUAAACGGAGGCAUUAACAAAAACAAAACAGAGGAUUAACAGAAAGUGUCUGAAGAAUCAUGGCCAGAUUUCGACGGAAAACCUGCGUCGCUCUGUCGCUCUUCACACUCUUCAUUUUCGGUACAAUGAUGGGGCUGAAGAUGCUGAAACAGACCGAGGGCUUGGGGGAGCCUGGCGCCGUUCUACAGCAGCUUCCCCUGGCGGACAGCCGGCAGUCAGUGCCGUUCAAAGCCAUCCUAAUGCUGCCGCCCACCGUAACCAAGGCGGUGGUCCCCGGACCCUUACCCGCUUACCCCGCGAUCAACGCGGACCUGCACAUCUUCUACUACGGCUGGUACGGCAGCCCCCGUUUCGACGGCAGGUUCCUGCAUUGGGAUCACCUCCUGGUGCCUCACUGGGACCCCAAGGUGGCCGCCAGCUACCCGAGUGGCCGGCACCACCCUCCAGAGGACAUCGGCUCUAGCUUCUACCCGGAGCUAGGACCCUACAGCUCCCGGGACCCGCAUGUCAUCGAGGAACACAUGAAGCAACUUCGAUCUGCAGCCGUGGGUGUAUUGGUGUUGUCUUGGUAUCCUUCUGGAUUAGAAGACAACAACAGCGAACCAGUGGAUGACCUGGUACCUGCCAUACUCGCUGCUGCAGACAGAUACAGUUUAAAGGUGGCCUUUCACAUCCUGCCGUACUUAGGGCGCAAUGACCACACUGUGUAUGAGAAUAUCAAGUACAUUGUGGACAAGUAUGGGUCUCAUGCAGCUUUUUACAAGUACAGGACCAACACUGGCAGAUUAUUGCCCAUGUUUUACAUCUAUGACUCCUACCUGACCCUGCCAGCUGCCUGGGCCAAUCUGCUCACAUCAUCAGGAUCUCUCAGUAUUCGCAACACACCAUAUGACGGAAUGUUUAUUGGUCUGUUAGUGGAGGAGAAGCACAAACAGGACAUCCUAGAGUCAGGAUUUGAUGGAUUAUACACCUACUUCGCAUCCAAUGGAUUCUCAUUCGGAUCAUCCCACCAAAACUGGAAGACUAUCAAGAACUUCUGUGACAGCAACAACCUGAUGUUCAUUCCAAGUGUGGGGCCCGGAUACAUAGACACCAGGAUACGUCCGUGGAACAAUCAUAACACACGGAACCGGGUCAGUGGAAAGUACUAUGAAACUGCCCUCCAUGCUGCUCUCACAGUGAGACCUGAGAUCAUCUCCAUCACAUCUUUUAAUGAGUGGCAUGAAGGCACGCAGAUAGAGAGGGCAGUGCCAAAGAAGACUGCACAAUACACCUACCUGGACUACUUGCCUCAUGAGCCAAACCUGUAUUUGGAGCUAACACAUAAAUGGGCUGAGCACUUUUGCAAAGAGAAAGAACAAUGGCUGAUGUAAAAGUCUUAUUAAUAAAAAGUUCCACCUGAGAUACCUACAACUGUAC